AUGUCUUCUCUCAUCAACAAGGUCAAGGACAAGCUCCACUCCGACAACAAGUCUGAGCAGCCCGAGGGCACCCACGGACCUCACGGCUCCCGCGCCGCCAACGCUGCCGACCCUCGCAUUGACUCAGACCGUGAUCACCGCGACAAUUUGGGCAAGCAUGACGGCUCAUACACCACCGGAGGUGACAACUACUCUUAUGGCGCCGGCAACACGGCCACCACUGGCACCACCGGCACUACCGGCACUACCGGCUUCGGCUCGACUGCCCACACCGGCCCUGCCUCCAAGACGGCCGGCAUGCACAGCUCCAACAUGGCCAACAAGGCCGAUCCCCGAGUAGACUCAGACCUCGACGCCAGCCGCAACAUGGGCAUGAAGUCCAGCGGUGCUACUGCUGGAUCUGGCUACACAGGAACAGGCAGCAGCACUGGCACCUCCGGGACCACUGGUUUCGGAACUGGCUCCAACGCCACCAAGACUGCCGGCAUGCACAGCUCAGACUUUGCCAACAAGGUCGACCCCCGAAUCGACUCUGACCUUGACGGCAGCCGCAACAUGGGCAUGAAGUCUCACGGUGCUACCCACGGCACCGGCAGCACCAACACUCACGACACCGGCCUGACCACUGGUGGCAUGGGCACCGACACGCUGGGCUCCGGCGGCCUCUCUGGAAACACUGGCACGACCGGCGCCUACGGCACUACCGGUGGCACCCACGACACAUCCGGCUUCGGCACGACUUCAGACGCGUACGGCGGCGGCAUGGGCAGUGUCGGCGGUGGAUUCGGAAACCAGCGUGAGACGACUGGCCCAGCUCCCAACACCGCUGGCCCGCACAAGUCAGACAUGAUGAACAAGGCCGACCCCCGCGUCGACAGCGACCUCGACAACAGCAAGACGAUCGGUGGUGACAAGACCUUUACCCAGUCGGACAGCAGGACGACGGCCAAGGAUCCCACGGAUGCUGCUCAGGUGCCCCCGUCAGUGUUGCAGAAGCACAUUGGCAAGCCCAGCAUUGAGCACGGUGAUCACAGCUAUGACCGUGAGCGGAGGCACAGCGUUUCCCACCAGGAACAGCAUCGUGGAUUGUAA